AUGGCACAAGCUUUAGGAUAUGACUAUACAGCAGCCUCUCGAGGCAGAGCAGGAGAGGAAGUGGUGCACCAAGGAGAGGUGGCAGUGGGAGAGGCAGAUGGCAUAGAGCCGAGGCAGGACAAUGUCACUUUGCUUCCCAUGCAGCUUACCAAGCCAGCCAUUCAGGCAAUUGACUCUAAUCCAUACCACGAGAACACAGUACCCCCUCAAACUUCUCGUCAGUUCCAAGGACUCCAAGGGCCUAUCAAAAUCCCCCCAAACAAUUCACCAACUGAUGUAUCCAACUUUAACUUUCAAUUGUCAAAUGUGAGUAAAGACAACCAUCAAGACCAUACUCAACAAACUGUCUCAGGCUAUAGUCCCUCACAGCUCAGUUGGCUGCACUUGAGGCGAGAUAAAAUGACGCAGUGUAGAACAACCAAUGCUUCUCAGAUAACACCAGUAAGAACCCAGGCAGAAGAGGAAUCCUGCAACAAACGGAAAAAAAUUGGAAAGCCAUGUGGAAAGAAAAGAAUGCCAAUUCGGAAAGCACCUCAAGCCAUUCCAGAUCCAGUGCCUGAGAGAAAAAGAACAGCACCCCUUAACCCUGCAUACACAAUUCGAAAAUCACGAGUUCCCGACAGUGUCCGCUUGCGGCCAUAUAGGGACAGGGUGAUUCACUUACUGGCAUUGAAGGACUACAAGAAAACAGAACUGCUUUUUCGACUUCGGAAAGAUGGUGUGGAACAAAAUGACGAGAACUCCCUUGAAAAUAUCCUCCACCAAGUAGCCAAUCUGAAUACUCAGGAUUUUUCAUAUACCUUAAAGGAUUAUGUAUUUAAAGAACUCCAAAGAGACUGGCCUGGAUACAGUGAACUGGACAAGCAGUCAUUGGAGUUGGUGCUUUCCCAAAGAGUAGAUCCAUUUCAGAAUGCUACUGACAUUAAUCACUCAGAAUCUUCUAUAGGUUCUAGUACAAAUGAAACAUCAUCUCCUCAGAAAUGGCUUUUCAAUUCUGCUGUUAUUGAUCCUUUAAAGAAAAAGAAAGUCAGAAUAUCUCACCUGACAACUACAGUACAGUCAACAUCAAACGGUUGUUUGAAUAACACCAGUGAAAAAUCUGCUGUUGGUCUCCCACCACUCUCUGAAGCUCCUGCCAACCCCAUCCCUCCACCACUGCCCACAGCCCGUCUUCCUGUUUCACAUGCUCCUCGGCGUGUACGUUCCAACCGCAGUUCUCGCAGCACUGCAGAAGGACCUGGAACUCCAGAUCCAGAUGGUGACAGUUUUAGUCAAAACAGUAGAAUCUUCGAGAGCCAGCAGGGUAAACAUACUUUGAAAAUGAUAGCCUCGAUAACAAUUCCAAUUAGGUAUUCGAAGCUCAUGGGGAAAAAUUAUUUGAUGCCUGAUAAGUUCAAAUAUGAAAUUGUGAAAUGCAAAGCAAAGAGGCAAGAGUACAGUAUUGAGAUCACCGAGAAACAGAAAACAGAUCCUGAAAGAUGCGGUAAAGGUGCAAAGCUGAAUUCCGGGGAAGAAGUUGAAAAGCUUUGCACUGCCUCUGGGAAGACUUGUUCAACAUCUAGGCUCCCAGAUUAUUUGACUGACUAUGUCACUAUAGUUUCCUCUGAGCAACAUAAGCAGUAA